AUGGAUAUUCACAAACACAUUCCAAUACCAAGUUUUACAUCACACCGUUUCACUUCAAGAAACCAAACUUUCUCUUCGUAUUUCCCCUUCAAAGUUGUCUGUUCCAAAAGAGACGAAUCUCAAAGAAACGGUGAUAACAAGGGUGAUAAAUCUUCAACGGAUUGGGACAAGGCAUGGUCAAAGUUCAAGAAGCAAGGGAAGAAAACUCUGUUCUCAAAUUUUUCUGCUGAUAAGUAUGUGAGUUGGAAUCCUAAGCGUUCAGAUUUCCCACUUUCUGAGGAGGUUGAUCCUAUUAAGAGAACAGAGAGAUCAAACCUCAAGUUCUGGAAUAGUCCUACUUUUACUCUAGGUGGUGCACUUAUUAUUCUCAUUUUUCUUUUGUUGUAUACCCUUCAAGCACCGAUCAACAAGUAA